AUGGAUAAGCGCAUAGAAUUGGAAUUACGAGGUCGGGAUCCAUCUGAAGUAACCGAACUGAAUCUUGACAAUUGUCGGGCAACUGCUGUUAGUGGUCUUACGGAGGAUUUCAAGAGUUUAGAAACAUUGUCAAUGAUCAAUGUUGGAUUAACUUCACUGAAGGGUUUACCACCACUACCCUCUCUUCAACGAUUGGAUUUAUCGGAAAAUCGGAUUUCUGGUAAUCUGGAUCAGUUGCUAUGCUGUCCGCACAUAGAAUACCUCAAUUUGGCUGGUAAUAAAAUCAGCACACUGAAAGUUUUGGAACCGCUGAAAAAACUUGAGGAAUUGAGGUCACUGGAUCUAUUUGGCUGUGAAUUAGCCACAUCUGAUGAUUACAGGAAAAAUGUCUUCGAGAUAUUACCUAACCUGAAAUAUCUCGAUGGAUAUGAUAUCAAUGAUGAGGAAGCAGAAUCGGACAGUGAAAUCCUGCAGGAAGGCGGCGAUGACGAAGAUGAUGAUGAUGGUGUUGGUGAUGGACUGGACGAUACCGAUAACGAUGAUGAAGGCAAUGACGACGAAGAAGACUCUGAUGUUGGUUUGGAUUAUCUGCAGAGUUCUACUGUGAUGCAGGAUGAAGAUGAAACAGAAGACUUCGCUCCAGGAGAUGAGGAAGAAACGGAUGAAGCGGGAAGUCUACGGGGUGUGAAACGGAAACACGAAGAGGACAAUGAUGAUGAAAAUGAAGGUACAAAACGAGAAGCGUAG